AUGCAGAAGGUCUUAGUGCUACUCUUCCUGGCCUGGAUCUGCUUCCUGUUCUAUGCUGGCAUUGCCCUCUUCACCAGUGGCUUCCUGCUCACUCGUCUGGAGCUCACCAACUAUAGCAGCUGCCAAGAACCGCCAGGCCCUGGACCUCUGCCCUGGGGUGGCCGAGGGGAGUCAGGGGCCUGUUGGAUGGCUUCACGUUUCUCCCGGGUUGUGUUGGUGUUGAUAGAUGCUCUGCGUUUUGACUUUGCCCAGCCCCAAGGCUCACACGUGCCUGGGGAACCUCCGGUAUCCCUGCCUUUCCUGGGCAAACUGGGCUCCUUGCAGAGGAUUCUGGAGAUUCAGCCCCACCAUGCCCGACUCUACAGAUCUCAGGUAGACCCUCCCACCACCACCAUGCAGCGCCUCAAGGCCCUCACCACUGGCUCACUGCCUACCUUUAUCGAUGCUGGCAGUAAUUUUGCCAGCCACUCCAUAGUGGAAGACAAUCUCAUUAAGCAACUCACCAGUGCAGGAAGGCGUCUGGUCUUCAUGGGAGAUGAUACUUGGAAAGACCUUUUCCCUGGAGCUUUCUCCCAAGCUUUCUUCUUCCCAUCCUUUAAUGUCCGAGACCUGCACACAGUGGACAAUGGCAUCCUGGAACACCUCUACCCCACCAUGGAGAAUGGAGAAUGGGACGUGCUGAUUGCUCACUUCCUGGGUGUGGAUCACUGUGGCCACAAGCAUGGCCCUCACCAUCCUGAGAUGGCCAAGAAACUUAGCCAAAUGGACCAGGUGAUACAGGGCCUUGUGGAACGUCUGGAGAAUGACACACUGCUUGUGGUGGCUGGGGACCAUGGAAUGACCAUGAAUGGGGACCACGGAGGGGACAGCGAACUGGAGGUCUCAGCUGCGCUCUUUCUGUACAGUCCCACAGCCCUCUUCCCCAGUGUCCUGCCAGAGGAGCCGGAGGUAGUUCCUCAAAUCAGCCUUGUGCCCACGCUGGCCCUACUGCUGGGCCUGCCCAUUCCAUUUGCGAACAUCGGGGAGGUGAUGACUGAAGCGUUUUCAGGGAACAAGGACUCCCAACCGCACUCCUCUGCUCUGGCCCAAGCCUCGGCUCUCCAUCUCAAUGCUCAGCAGGUGUCCCGAUUUCUUCACACCUACUCAGCUGCUACUCAGGACCUCCAAGUUAAGGAGCUUCAGCGGCUGCAGAGCCUCUUCUCCAAGGCCUCUGCUGACUUCCAUCGGCUUCUGCAGAACCCCCAGGGGGCGGAGACAACCCUGCAGGCUGUGAUAGCUGAGCUACAACAGUUUCUGCGGGGUGCUCGGGCCAUGUGCAUUGAGUCUUGGGCUCAGUUUUCUCUGGUCCGCAUGGCAGUGGGUGCCACUCUUUUGGCUGCUGCCUGCUUUCUUUGCCUGCUGGCGUCCCAGUGGGCCAUAUCCCCAGGCUUCCCUUUCCGCCCUCUACUCCUGGUACCUGUGGCUUGGGGUCUGGCUGGGGCCAUAGUGUAUACUGGACUCCUGGCAACUACUGGACUGAAACUGGAUCCAGUGGUCCUAGGGGCUGUGGCUGCAGUGGGCUCGCUCCUGUCUUUUCUAUGGAAAGCCUGGGCUGGCUGGGGGACCAGGAGGCCCCUGGCAGCCCUGCUUCCCAUCCCUGGGCCUGUCUUUAUUCUUUUGCUCCUUCGGUGGGCUGCCUUCUUCUCUGAUAGCUUUGUUAUAGCUGAGGCCAGGGCCACCCCCUUCCUUUUGGGCUCACUUGUCUUGCUCCUGGUUGCUCAGCUUCAUUGGGAGGGCCAACUGCUACCACCUAAGCUGCUGGCAGUACCCCGUCUUGGCCCUUCUACCCCAGCAGGUCCCCCACGGCACAGUAGCAUGCAUACCUUGGGGCUUGGUGUGGGGUUGCUUUUAUGUACAAGGCUAGCUGGACUCUUCCAUCGCUGCCCUGAAGAGACACCUGCUUGCCGCUCCUCUCCCUGGCUGAGUCCUCUGGCAUCCAUGGUGGGCGGUCGAGCCAAGAAUUUGUGGUACGGAGCUUGUGUGGGGGCUCUAUUUGCUCUGUUAGCUGCUGUGCGCCUGUGGCUUCGCCGCUAUGGUAAUCUCAAAAGCCCCGAGCCCCCUGUGCUCUUUGUACGCUGGGGGCUGCCCCUCAUGGCUCUGGGCACUGCUGCCUACUGGGCCUUGGCGUCGGGGGCAGAUGAAGCCCCCCCACGUCUCCGAGCUCUGGUUGCUGGAGCAUCAGUUGUGCUGCCUCGGGCCGUGGCAGGGCUGGCUGCUUCCGGGCUCAUGCUGCUGCUCUGGAAGCCUGUGACGGUGCUGAUGAAGGCUGGGGCGAAUGCCCCAAGGACCAGGACUGUCCUCACUCCCUUCUCAGGGCCCCCUGCGUCUCAGGCUGACCUGGAUUAUGUGGUCCCUCAAAUCUACCGACACAUGCAGGAAAUGUUCCGGGGCCAGCUAGUGAGAACCAGUUCUCAGGGCCCCCUGACUGUGGCUGCUUAUCAGUUGGGGAGCGUCUACUCGGCUGCUGUGGUCACAGCCCUCACCUUGUUGACCUUUCCACUUCUGCUAUUGCAUGCAGAGCGCAUCAGCCUUGUGUUCCUGCUUCUGUUUCUGCAGAGCUUCCUUCUCCUGCAUCUGCUUGCUGCUGGGAUACCCAUCACCACUCCUGGUCCUUUUACUGUGCCAUGGCAGGCAGUUUCUGCUUGGGCCCUUAUGGCCACACAGACCUUCUACUCCACGGGCCACCAACCUGUCUUUCCAGCCAUCCAUUGGCAUGCAGCCUUUGUAGGAUUCCCAGAGGGUCAUGGCUCCUCCACCUGGCUGCCUGCUUUGCUGGUGGGAGCCAACACAUUUGCCUCCCACCUCCUUUUUUCAGUAGGUUGCCCAUUGCUCUUGCUCUGGCCCUUCCUAUGUGAGAGCCAAGGUCCCCGGAAGAAACGGCAGACCCCAGGGAAUGAAGCUGAGGCCAGAAUCAGGCCCAAGGAGGAGGAAGAGGAGCCUUUGAUGGAGAUGCGGCUCCGAGAUGCCCCUCACCACUUCAGUGCAGCAUUGCUUCAGCUGGGCCUCAAAUACCUCUUUGUCCUUGGUGUUCAGAUUCUGGCUUGUGCUUUGGCAGCCUCCAUUCUCCGCAGACAUCUCAUGGUCUGGAAGGUGUUUGCCCCCAAGUUUAUUUUUGAGGCUGUGGGCUUCAUUGUGAGCAGCGUGGGACUUAUCCUGGGCAUAGCUCUGGUGAUGCGAGUGGAUGGUGCUGUGAGCUCCUGGUUCAAACACCUAGUUCUGACUCAGCAGAGGUAGCUGAGGCUGCAGGCCACUGAAAAAAAGAACAAUGUAGCCUGGCCAGUGUAGGUGCUGGAUCAUCUGCAAGAGAUGCUUGGCUACACCUUUUACCACAAUGCAGCCAGAGGCUGCUAGCAUCCAGGACUUUGGUGUUUUUAAAUUCAAACUCCCAGUGGAUCCUCAUCUCUGACUCCUGCCUUAGAUGCAUGUGAGAGACUGAGAGGUGAUCUCCAAAGUGGAAUAAAA